UCUGCCUCCGUUAACUAAGUCUGUCUGUUAUUAGCCGACGCGGCUAACAGAAUCGUCUAGUCAGCUAAAUUUAAACUCGACCUGCCACGUCAAUUAACCCAACUCAUGAUCCAAACCUACUUUAAUUUGACUCGCCCGCCUUCUGCAGAUCUACCAACCACCUUAUAAUCAGAGUUUCGGUCUUCGCGGCAGCAGUAGGAGGCCUUGGAAGUGGGCUAAUCAUAGAGACAAAAUGGUCAGGGCUGCAAUAAGCAACUCAGCAAUAUUGAACGAAAGGAGAUGGGAGGGAGGGAGAAGAAAGUGAACGAAAGGAGAAGGGAUAGAGAGUAUUAGAGAUAGUACCUAAAAAUAAAAGACUUUUUGUUCUUUUAUUCUUUUGUUUCUGUUGGGUCUCUCUCCCAACUUCUUCCACUACUUUCCUGUUCCUAAUUGUAUGGAACGUGUAUCACUUUCUGUUCCUAAAAACCUCUCUUCUCUUGUAUAUCAAUUCUUGUAAAUAAAAAUCAAGUUCUGUUUUCCAAUAAUAUUCUUCUCUCUAAAAUAUAGCUUGAUCCAGUCAUAAUUCUCUGUUUUUGAGCUCAUCUUCCUCGUCAACAAUAUGUCUGGUUCCGUUGUCUCAUCUGCAACGCCGCCGGCUGCAAGUGAAGACCCCAUAAUCACAUUCAAUCCCGCUGCUCAACUGCCCCUGAGGCUGACGCCGACGAAUUUUAAUUCCUGACGUUCUCAACUAGAGACGCUGCUCAUGGGACUCGAUCUUAUUAGCUACAUUGAUGGAACGGGCAUUGUUCCUCUAUUAACGAUCACGGAGAAUGAUGCAACUGGUCCUAAUCCGGCUCAUCAUUGUUGGUUUCGUCAAGAUAAGCUUAUCCUCCACGCCCUUCGUUGUUCUAUUUUUGAAUCUUUGUAUUCUUUUGUUUCUGGUGCGGCUACCUCUCGUGAAGCGUGGUUGAUUCUGGAAAAACUGUAUGGUGGACGCUCUCAGUCUGGUAUAAUCAAUCUGAAAGGCAAAUUAGCUAGCAUGACAAAGGGAAAUAAUGAUGUGCUUACAUAUGUAAAUGAUCUCAAGCUUGUUGCCGCGGAGCUGGCACUUGUCAAUGACCCAGUUUCUGAUAUGGAUUUAGUAGUUCACUAUCUUCGGGGCCUUGGUGAGGAUUAUAAACAAUUCACAGCUGCUGUCUGCGCCAGGAGUACUGUCAUUACAAUUGAAGAUUUAGUUGAUUCUCUUGUGGAAUUUGAGGCUGAUCUCAAGGCUCAAACUCGUCAUUCCUCUGUUCCAACUGUGUUCUACUCUGGGCAUUCUCGUCGUGGUGGAAACGGUGGCUUUUCUCAUGGAGGUGGUGGCUUUUCUCCUGUUGGCAGCCCCUCUUCCAGCGGCGGGCCACAAUCAUCUCUCGACAGUAUUGCUCGCCCACAGCAGCCGAUGGGCCAGCAGGCCCAUUCUUAUGACAGCGCCCAUCAUCUUCCAUUUUAUCCACCAGCCCGCCAACCAACUCCUGGCCCACUUAUUUCCAGCGAGCCCAAUCGUCCAUGCAGGGCCCAAGUAGUCUGUCAAUAUUGUGAACGCCCGGGCCAUUCUGUGCGUCAGUGCUUCAAGCUAUUUCCUCAAGCCCGUCAGGCAUUUACUCUGGCCCGCCAGGCCGAGGCUAAUCACACAACAGCUCAUUCGGGUCCUUCCUCCUCUGGGUCAUGGCUGAUGGACACAACAGCAGCUGAUGGGCCAGCAGGCCCAUUCUUAAGACAGCGCCCAUCAUCUUCCAUUUUAUCCACCAGCCCGCCAACCAGCUCCUGGCCCACUUAUUUCCAGCGAGCCCAAUCGUCCACGCAGGGCCCAAGUAGUCUGUCAAUAUUGUGAACGCCCGGGCCAUUCUGUGCGUCAGUGCUUCAAGCUAUUUCCUCAAGCCCGUCAGGCAUUUACUCAGGCCCGCCAGGCCGAGGCUAAUCACACAACAGCUCAUUCGGGUCCUUCCUCCUCUGGGUCAUGGCUCAUGGACACUACUGAAUCUCAUCAUGUCACCUCCGAUUUGGGUUAAUUAUCUCUUUAUUCUUAUUAUACAGGCCCAGACGAGAUACUAGUCGGUGACGACUCAGGUUUGGCAAUCUUCCACAUUGGUUCUUCCACGAUUUCUCUUGGUCCCCAUAAUUUUCAUUUACAUGACGUAUUGUGUGUCCCUGCCAUCAAGACGCAUUUGAUCUCGGUUGCGAAGUUAUGUCAAACUAAUCCUGUCACUGUGGAAUUUUUUGCCACUCAUUUUGUUGUGAAGGAUCUUUGCACGGGGGCGCAGCUGCUGAAGGGGGGAAACAACGGUGAUGUGUAUGAAUUGCCAAGUGAAGUGAAGAAUGUUCGAAUGGCCCUGGUUACUACUCGGACAUCUGCAACAUCUUGGCAUGCUCAUCUUGGUCAUCCAUCACAACAGUCUCUUUCCAGCAUUAUUCGGUCUUUUUCCCUUCCCGUUUCGUCCUCUCACACUAGUUCCUCUUGUGAUGCCUGUCUUUCCAAUAAAAGCCAUAAACUCCC